AUGCAACGAAGAACGCAGUCGGCGACAACGUCGCCGUGGACAUCUCACAUCUACCCUUUCAUACGCAGGUACGAAGACGGCCGUAUCGAGCGGUUCGUCCGCAGCUCCUUCGUGCCAGCGUCCGCCGACCCGGCCGCCAGCGGCGGGGUCGCCACCAGGGACGUCGUCGUCCAAGAUGCCACCGGCGUGUCGGCGCGCCUGUUCCUGCCCUCCGGUGCUGCCGCAACCUGCAGCAGGCUUUCCGUUGUUCUGUACAUCCAUGGCGGCUGUUUCUGCACGGACAGUGCCUUCUCCCGGACGUACCAUCGCUACGCCGCCUCCCUCGCAGCCCGCGCCGGCGCGCUCGUCGUGUCCGUGGAAUACCGUCUAGCGCCGGAGCACCCCAUACCCGCGGCCUACGACGACGCAUGGGCCGCGCUCCGGUGGGUGGCGACUACAGCUUCCCUCUCAGAUCCCUGGAUCUCUGCGCACGCGGACCCCAGGCGCGUGUUCCUCGCCGGCGACAGCGUUGGUGGCAACAUCGCCUACCACACGGCCGUGCGCGCCAGCCGCGACGAUGGCACCUCCGUGGACGUCGAGGGCGUGAUCAUGGUGCAGCCCUACUUAUGGGGAGGUGAGCGACUGCCAGCCGAGGAAGCCUGGGACGGCGUCGCGAUGUUCCCGCCGGAGCUCGUGGAGAAGCUCUGGCCGUUCGUGACGGCGGGCCAGGCAGGCAACGACGACCCUCGGAUCGACCCUCCGGAUGAGGAGAUCGCGUCGCUCAAGUGCCGGCGCGCGCUGGUGGCGCUGGCAGGGAAGGACAUAUUCCGGCACCGCGCGCGCCGGCUGGCUUCCCGCAUGCGCGACGGCGCGUGGAAGGGUAGCGUGACGCUGGUGGAGCUGGAGGGCGAGGACCAUUGUUUCCACCUCUACAGGCCGCAGCGCGCGACCAGCCACAAGCUCAUGCAGAGUAUAGUGCAAUUCAUAAACCAGCCCAUUAGGGGCAUAUCCAAGUUUUGA